AUGAAUUUGGAAAUGUUGGAAAAGUGUUUCGGCAGCUAUGCUCUAAAAAAAACAGCUGUGUAUCAGUGGCAUGAACGCUUUAAAAAUGGACGUGAGUCCAUCAAUGAUGAUGAUCGCAGUGGCAGGCCGUCGACAUCAAAAGCCGACGAAAACGUUGAUAAAGUACAAAAAAUGUUGGCUGAAAAUCACAUUAUCGUAAAUGAUUUGGGUUUGCGUCUUGUUGCUGCAAAAUUAGUACCAAAAGAUCUUAAUUUCAUGCAAAAAAAAGAUCGUGUCAAUAUCGCUCAAGAUAUGCUUUCUAAGGGUGAAACGGACCCAGCAUUUAUCAAACACAUUAUUACUGGUGACGAGACGUGGGUUUAUGAGUAUGACACUCAAUCCAGGCAUCAGGCGAGUGAAUGGCGACUCCCCGAUGAGCCAAGGCCGAAAAAACCACGUCGUUUUCAGUCGAAAAAGAAGGUAAUGCUCACGGUUUUCAUGGAUUACAACGGAUUAGAGAAACACUUGGAUGGCAAUGAGUUAAAUUUAAAUGCAGAAAAGACAGAGGUAAUGAGGCUUAGAAACGGAGGAGGAAGAGAGAAAGAAUUGACGGGGAGAUGGGAGGGAUUAAAGUUAGAGUAA